CUCCCUCAAUGCCGCAGAAAUGGAAACUAAAGCGGUUCCGCACAAACGUUACAUCUGCUCGUUUCCCGCCUGCUCGGCUGUUUAUAACAAACAGUGGAAACUGGACGCUCACUUGUGCAAACACACGGGGGUGAAGCCGCACGCGUGCGAGCACGAUGGCUGCGCCAAGUCCUUCUGCAGCCCCUAUCACCUGGCGAGGCACGAGCUCAGUCACAGCGGCGCGAAGCCCUUCCGCUGCACGGUGGACGGCUGCGCGGAGGCCUUCACCACCAACACGAACCGGGCCAGACACGUCGGCCGCGUUCACACCCAGGAGCAGAAGAAGUACGUCUGCAAAAUGGAGGGCUGCGGGCUGGAGUUCAGGAAGAACAAGCAGCUCAAGUCCCACAUGUGCGAGCGGCACACCCAGCUGCCUCCCUAUCAGUGCACCUUCGAAGGCUGCCAGAUGCGGUUCGCCUUCCCCAGCAGGCUGAAGCGCCACGAGAAGGUGCACAGAGGUUACCCCUGCAAGGAGGAGGGCUGCGUCUUCACGGGAAAGACCUGGACUGAGCACCUGAAGCACAGGAAGGAACAGCACAGGAUCUUCCUGAAGUGUGACCAGUGCAACAAGGUGUUCAGGGACUCGUGGUUCCUGCAGCAGCAUCAGCAUGUCCACUCCGAUAUGCGGGUCGUCUUCAAGUGCCCCAGGGACGGCUGUGACAGGUCAUUCACCACGACCUUCAACCUGCAGAGUCACAUCAGCUCCUUCCACGAGGAGCUGCGGCCCUUCACCUGCGCACACGCAGGCUGCGGGAAGACCUUCGCCAUGAGGCAGAGCCUCCAGCGUCACAGCGUUGUCCACGACCCGGAGAGGAGGAAGCUGAAGAAGCCUAAACCCAAGAGAUCUCUCGCUUCCAGGCUAAGCGGUUACAGCGAAACAAAGAGAGUGAUCUGCAAAAAGCCCCAGGAGCCAGAAUCUCACAGAGGGUCUGCCCAGAAAAAGACUGAUCCCCCUGGUCCUGUUGAGCUGGUGUCCCUCCUGCAAGACACGUCCUUGCUGUGCAUCCCUGCCGUGGGGACACAGGAACUUACUAAUGCCCUGACUGUACCUUUAACAGUAUUGUGAGGACAGCAGCUGCUCGAAAAGAGCAUCUAUAAUGUGUUAUCAUUUCUUGGUGUUUUAUAAAGUUUUCCACCACUGUCAGGUCACCUUCUAAAAGUCUACGUUGUGGACACGUGGGCUGGAACCUAACAGACCAAACUGCCAGUUGAGUUGAUUUUAUCGUCACUUAUAUAAAGAGGUCAUCUUAACUACGGGAGUGGAACCAGGUCCAGGUGUUCCCUCCCUCUGGGUGGUGUCGACUACAUUGUUUCUGUCCAUAUAAAUCAUGUUUUUGGGACUUAAUUUAAUUUACUGGAGCCAUUAAAUCCAUUAUAUUUGUGUAAUUUAUGUUUAAGAAAAAUAUAUUUUGUAAGAAGUUGAUAAGAAAACGUAAGGUUUGGUUUUUGUUUUUUGCUUUCAUUGUAAAAAUGUAAGUUUGCAGAAAGAUGGUGUUUUAAUAAAACCUGCCAUGAACGAAACCAUG